UUUCCGGGGGACGUGUGUUCCGUGAGCACCGCUCAGGCUGCUGAUUGUCAGCUGAUCUUUCCGGAAGUGUUGCUUUAUUCCAGCAGGCAAUGUUUUGUUUAUUUUGAUCAGAGACAGCUCUGAGGAUCACAUGAGAGACUUUAUCUCUUUAUAUUUCGGAAGUUACUGAAGAUCGCAGAGAGAAAAAACAAACAAACAAAAACAAAAUGUCUCCGUUUAGUGUAAAGAUAGGAGUCAGUGUGUUAACGGUCAUCUGUCUUCUGUUAGCAUCUCAGGCUACAGAAGCUAAAAAUUCUGAUGACAUCAGGUGUAAAUGUAUUUGCCCCCCCUACAAAGACAUUGAAGGACAAAUCCACAAUCAGAACGUUUCCCUGAAGGACUGUAACUGUCUUCACGUGGUGGACCCGAUGCCGGUGGAAGGGAAAGACGUGGAGGCGUACUGUUUACGCUGCGAGUGUAAAUACGAGGAGAGGAGCUCGGGAACGAUUAAAGUGACCAUCAUCAUCUACCUGUCUGUCCUGGGGCUGCUGCUGCUCUACAUGGUGUACCUGACUCUGCUGGAGCCCAUACUCAAACGCCGCCUGUUCGGACACUCGCAGCUCAUCCAGAGCGAUGAUGACGUCGGGGACCAGCAGCCGUUUGCGAAUGCUCACGAUGUGCUGUCCCGCUCGCGCUCUCGCGCCAACAUGCUGAACAAGGUGGAGCACGCGCAGCAGCGCUGGAGGAGACAGGUCCAGGAGCAGCGCAAGUCCGUGUUCGAUCGGCACGUGGUGCUAAGCUAAAAACACUCCCCCUAGUGGACGGGCUGAUUAUGACCUCUCUUAUAUGUGCAGCGUAACCUCCUCGCCUUUAUAACAUCAUCUCACGUGUGGGUAGAGUUUUUAAUUCAUGGUGGUGCACUGUGAAAUUUCCUCCAUGACCAGUGGCAUGAAAAUUCACCUCUCUGUGUAUAUGCAUAUAGAUUUUGCAUGAAAUAACGUCAAAUCUUCUGUGAAUAGAAAACAUUGUUUACUCCUGAUGCUGAUUUAAAUACGAAGGUACAAAUAUGAGUUCCAGUUUAAAUAUGAACAAAUAAGCUCAUGCAAUCAUCUCAUUUCUCUUUAAUCAUCUAAAACAUAUCGUGUGUGUGUGUGUGUACAUUAAACAAAUCAUGAACUAUUUAUGAUUUAUUGCUAAAUAAACCUUGUUUCUUGUUUCAGAUCAUAACUUGUCUUUACCGAACCAUGAACUUUCUCAUAAAUGUGACGAUGUGCGUCGAGCAGAUCAUUUGUAGUCGUUGUGUUACUUACAGUACUGCUGUUACACUUUCUCCAAAACAAAACUGCUGUAAUUGUUGGAUCUGUGUUGUAGGGGUUGAUGAUGAGGUGAAUAUCUUGUACCUGUGAUUGAUUCUAAUAUAAAACACUUCUGUGGAACGUG